AUGUCAGACAUAGAGGAGGUCUUGGAGAGGCAAGAGCGAGAAAUAAGAGAAAGAAUGCGUAGACGAGCUGCAAGCAAAAGAGCGCAGAGAGAUCUAGAUCAGCAACUUGUCAUGGCUGUGGCCAUGCUUGAUGAAGAAAACCAGAGCAGUCGUGGUUCACAUGAAGGCCGUGCCCUAAAUGUUGACAGACAUAGGCAUUCCCGGGGUAAGAAUCUUAUGGAAGAUUAUUUUAUCCCAACAUCUCUGUACUCUGAUGUUCAUUUUCGAGGGAGAAAUUGUGCUGGUGUUUUGGGACUGCUUCCCGAACAAAAGUUCACAGCUGUUAUACGAAUGUUGGCGUAUGGUGCAUCUGCUGAUCAGGUGGAUGAGAUUGCCCGGAUGGGGAAGUCCACGGCCUUGGAGAGUUUGCAUCGACUGCAUGCAUUGGCAAUAAAGAAUUGCCCAACUGCUUGGCAGGGUGAUUACGGAAAUCGGAAAGGCCAAAAAAGCAUCAUCCUUGAAGCCGUUGCAGGUUUCGAUACAUGGGUCUGGCACGCCUUUUUCAGAGUUGCUGGAUCUCAAAAUGACUUGAACGUCCUAGGUCAAUCACCGGUGUUCAAUGAUGUUUUGAGAAGAGAAGCCCCAAAAAUCACAUAUGAAGUCAAUAAUACCAUUUACCAAACUGGGUAUUAUCUAGCUGACGGGAUCUACCCGAGGUGGAUAACAUUCGUGAAAUCACUUCUGCAUCCCCGAACCCAGAAGCAAAAAUUAUUUGCUACAAAUCAAGAGGGUUACAGAAAGGAUGUGGAGAGGUGCUUUGGUAUCCUCCAAGCUCGGUGGGCGAUCAUUAGGGGUGCGGCGCGUAUGUUUGAUGAGGAGGUGUUGAGGAGCAUCAUGAUGACAUGCAUCAUCCUUCAUAACAUGAUUGUGGAGGAUGAGUAUGAUUACGAAGCUGAAAAGGUGUACGAACCCGAUCCCAUGAACACGGCCUUGACCUGA